AUGAAGGUGGCAGGGAAUUCUCUUUAUCUCGUCUGCCUCUUCGCCUCAGGGAUAGUCUCAGGCGAGAUGCAGAGAAGCGAGAGGAGGGAGAGAGAGUCUCUGCCUCUCCUUAAGGUUCUCAGUCUCCUUGACCCUCCGUACCUGAUGAUAUCGGGAGAGGAUUUUUUCACAAACACGAAAUACGAGGGCGUCCUGGUGGACCUCCUGGACCAAUUGGGGGACCUGGUCGGCUUCCAGUACAAAAUCGAACUGGUGAAAGACGGAACCUAUGGUUACUACAACCACGCCACUCAGACUUGGACGGGGCUCGUCGGAGGAGUCAUAGCCGGUAAAGUGGCAAUGCAAACAUGGUCGCUCGCGACGCUUUUAAUCGAAGAUGAUGAAUCUAUGGACCAGGAAGGAGAUAUGGCAGCAGCUUCUCUCACGAUCUCGUCGGCUCGCAUGGAAGUUGUGGAAUUCACCAAGCCAUGGAUGUACAGCGGCAUCAGCGUUCUCUACAAGCAUCUUCCCGUGGACUCCGGAAGUGGAUGGAUGUUCCUGCGUCCCUUCACACUGUCCACGUGGAUAGCCGUGGCAAUCAUGUACGUGGCCGUGUCGUUAGCGUAUUGGGCAGUGGCCAGGUGCUCCCCCGAGGAGCGGCGGAGGUCCACAGUGAGUGGAGAACCUGUCUUUGGCAUCUUCAAUACCUUUUGGGUCGCCUUCACUCCUCUUCUCCUAAGGGGGAAUCAGGAAAUGCCACAGGCCUUGUCAACGAGGCUCCUGACGGGGAUCUGGUGGUGUUUCUCCCUCCUCAUCCUCGUCCUCUACAGCACAAUGGUGGCGAAGGAGUUCACGACUGCGCAUUAUAGACCCAAGGUUACCUCUUGGAAGGACCUUGCCGAUGGAGUCGUCAAUUUCGGUGCCAUCAAGCGUAGCUCCACCGUCAAGUAUUUUCAGGAUUCGAGGAUUCCCGAAUAUCAGAAGAUCAGCGAUUUUCUGGCCUCCCAUCCGGAAUUCUUGACCUCGGGCAGCACCGAUGGGACUCGUCGAGUUCUGGAGAACCCAGGGACGUACGCCUUCCUUACGGAGACCACGACGGCUGAAUACCUAGCUGCUACUCUGUGUCAAGACCUCGUCGUUGUGGGUCCUGAAUUUCAGCGAAGGGCUUUCGGUUUCGCCUUGAAGAAGGGUUCGACGUGGACGGAUAAGAUGAGCAAAGGGAUCCUGCAGCUGCAAGAACAAGGUGCCUUGCACGCUAUUUACAGGAAAUAUUGGAAGGAUCGCUCCAAGUGCCCUGACACCACCAAGCAAUUCGACCAGCCGCAACUGGACUUACCUCAUCUCGGUGGGAUAUUUGUGGCGCUGGGAAUCAGCAUCUUCCUGUCUCUUCUGGUCGCUUUCCUGGAAGUGUUACUCUACGUCCGCAAACGUGACCCGACACAGUGGCCUGAUGAAGAACUUCAAGGUGUUCACUUCAAUACGAGCAAUGAGGGAGCAUCUGUCAUCUUGUGCUUAUGCAUUCGCCUCUCCAUCAACCUCAUCUAUGAGUUGAAUUACCAUCGAUAUCUCAUAAACCUCACCAAGACGAUAAUCGGACCAGAUGGAAAUAUUCCGUGCAGCUCACGAAGCAUUUUGCGUGGUCCUCAUCAGAAAGUAAUCUCCUACAGUCUCUAUGGACCCAUGGGAAAGCCUCGGGCAGAAGCUUCGUAUGAGAAGCUCAUUUUCGAAAUCCCAGACAGUGCCAAGACAUGGUAUCCAGGUUGGGUGGUGAGAAUAUACACGAAUUAUUCCAGAGAGGAUGAAAAUGCAACUUCUUGGAUGCGAACUAUCGAAGACAAAUUCCCUUCAGUGGAUUUCUGCCACGUGGCGAGUCUCCCUGGGCUCUCCGGAGACAUCCAGAGAGUUCAGAGCAACGGGAGGGUGUGGAGGUUCCUGCCGAUGAUGGAUCCCCUCGUUGACAUCUUUGUGUCUAGAGACUCAGAUUCCCCGCUCUCAGAGCGCGAGGCAGCAGCCGUGAAGGAGUGGCUGGAGAGCAAGUAUAUCUUCCAUGCCAUGAGGGAUCAUCCACAUCAUUGGCAACCCGCAUUUGCCGGUGGACAUCACUCCAACAAGUACACCGAAGAGGACAUCCACCUGCUUCCAAAUCCACCUGGCAGGUGGACGUUUUGUAAGGCCCACCCUCCCUCAGCCAUAGAUCAGAACAACAGAACAUUUGAGACAUCUAGUACUUGA